UAUUUUUGGCCUUUGCUCUCACCAAUCCAAACCAGGCACUUUCCUGGAAACACGUAUUGGUUCAUACCUAUAUGAUUAUAUAUAUUAUAUGCAUACAACACUCCUCCAUAUGCAACAAAACCACCACCGGUAUUUCAAGAAUUAGGUUUAAAGAAAUCUCAGAGAGCGUUUACAAAUGGGUUUCUCAGAAUUUCAGCAAGCAUGCAAAGAGCACCCAUAUCAUAAUCACAAGCAAGGAGUUUGUCCAUCUUGUCUAAGAGAGAAAUUAUCUAAACUAUAUGUCGCUCCUUUAAAUGACAAAGAAGCAGCAGCAAUAGCUCUUUCAUCUUCUUCAUUUAUGUCUCUCUCUUCUGCUUCUUCUUCAAAUCACAUGUCUCCGGAUCAUCACCGUCCUCGCCGCCUUAAUCAUCAUCAUCGGAAUGUUUCUGAUAUUAUGCAUUCGAUAUCUUUUAGGGUGAGUAUUGCAGGAAAUGGAUUAAAGAAAAGUAGAUCACUUGCUUUUGUUACAGAAGGAAAGAAUGGAAAGAAGAAGAAUAAGAAAGGGUUUUGGUCAAAAUUGCUUCAUUUGAAAGGGAAGAAAGAAGUUAAUUUUGAUGGAAAGGUUGCUUUAAAUAUAUAAUUUACUGAUUUUAUCUAAAAAAACAAAUUUUUUUUGGUGUUAGAUAUUAAUUAGUUUUGUAUAGCUUUAGUUUUCCAAUCUCUCUUGUGAAUGACAUUUUCCAUUUUUGUGUUACAUGAACAUUAAUUUCAAUUUGUGAUCUUGUUUUUGGGUAA